UUCAAGUUUUGUCGUCAAACUAUUUCCAAAGAGGAGAGAAUGUGUUUUGGAUUGUAACCUUUCUAUCUUCAUCAAACACGAAAAUGGCCGUGGCUUCCUUUCCCGCGGCUGUUGUCUCCAUGGCGGAGCAGAACCGUCCCAACGCGGCGGUGUCGCUGGUGAUUCUCUGUGACUCGACGUCGAGAAUUCUGCUGUGGCGUCCAACCGAUGGAACCACAGCAGAUCAAGACCGUGCCUGGACAACCCCGUGCACUCAACUGCACGGAGACCAAGACUGCGUUCUGGCAUCGCGGAAGCUCUUGAGGGGCCUUCACCCGGGCCUGGUCAACUCUUUCAAACUCACCGGCGUACUGCGCCUCAACUACGACGCCAUCCGGUUGCCAAUGGCGACCGAGCGGCGGCAGCAGCAAGACUGUCAGCUGGGAGACGGCGGAGGUGGUGCGGGUGCUGGCCCGACGACCUGCGCGUCCGUGUGUCUGCUGGUGCGUGGCGACUCCACCACGCUGGCUACUGCCGAGACAACUGUUGAGGUUGCGAAUGGUUGCGCCAGGCCACAUUCGUUUCGCAUUGGCUGGUUCUCGGUGUCGGACUUCCUUGCCGCCAGUCCAUCAAUGGAGGGUGUGGGAUUCUCUGGAGAUGCCCGCGUUGCCAUCCAACAAGCUUCCGAAGGUAUGCACUGUCUGCCGAUGUCGUCUCUCAGCCUGCUGCACUCCAACGUGCUCGUGUCGCGCACGUCCUCGUCCUCGUUCGACGAUCCCGGCGAGGACGACGCACUGCGGGAUGUCGUUGCCACGGCCUCUGGGACGGCGGGGUCGGGAGCGCAGGGCGAGAAGAUCGGCACGGCCGUCACACCGCGGCGUAUGCCGGCGGUGACGAUCACGUGUGCCACUCCGGACCAGGGCGGCGGCUUUCCCGCGUGCCCGCUGAUCGCCGACUGUGCUGGCGUGACGCCCGCCCAGGUCAACUUCCUCGUCAAGUCCGGCUACGGGCUGAAAGAGCAAGCAGAGGUGGCUGGGUUGUUUUCAAGGUGGACGGGCUGUCGCAAGUUCAUGAACGCGCAGGUGUUCUUGCAGAUGGCCAUGGCACCACCAAUGUCCAUGACGGAAGAUGAAGCACAGAGAUGUUUCUAUGUUUUGGAUGUACACGGCCGUGCAACUCUCACUGUUCUCGAUCUGUGUCUUGGUCUCGCCGCUCUGGAUCCGGCCACACCGCACGGUGGUGUGUGUGCCGAGGUGAGAUGUCGCAUGAUCUUCAGAUACUACGACAUCAGCCACGACGGCCGUCUGUCCUUCAGCGAGUUCUGUGACAUGAUAGCUGACAUUCGUAGCUGUCGUGGACAGUCCUGUACGCCGGAAGAAGUCAAGCAAGACGCACUCAUGGCUGCUCAGGUGUUUGGUUCAGAGGUGAAGGACAGUCUGGAGUUGACCGACUUGCUGCAGGCCGUUGGGCAGCUGAAGUUCCGCGGCACCUCGUCGCUGUUCCGUCUCAAGCAGUGUCCCAUCAACCGUGAGGAUACCGGGCAGACUGCAUCGGGCAGUACUACACCAGUGGGCAACGACGGAACGGACGCAUCGUCACGUCGCCGUGGCAAGCGCCGGAGUCGCGAGACGCGCUUCGAGGCCGCCGCCGACGUGGACAUGCAAUCUCCGCCGACCACCCCCUCCGGCAAACGUGCACGCAUACUGGACGGCGGCAGCAGUCCCGCCGACGGGAGCUCUACCAACGGCGCUGUCGGUGGCCAUGGCGACGGCGGCGACAGCAGUGCCGUGGUGAAGACUAGCGCCAUGGCAACGAGCAACACGCCGGUCGGACAGCUGCGCAAUGCCAAGUGGACGUACGAGUUGGCAGUGCAUACGGUGAAGAUUCGUCGUUCUGGCACGCUAGCUGACGUCCAGGCGUUGCUUGAUCCUCGUCUGAACUACGUAUCUGGUUCCAUUCGGCCCGGCAUGGUCUCUGCUGGCUUGACGCGCAACGGUGGGGCCAGGGACCAUGACGUGGCAGCUAAGCCCAAGUUUGAUCGGCUGACUUCUAUCGCUGCCUUCAACUCGAAAUCUCGCCCGAACGAGCUCAUGGGUGGUCUUCGCUACUUUGAGAGUCAGAUCACGCCUUCAGAUGGAUCCAACGCCACCCCCAAGGCCAGCUUCGACUGGGGUGUUGUCAAGAAAGAGGCACUGGGAAGGUCGCUGCUCGCCAUCUGCCGCAGCGUACGGCAGAUCUUCGCUUCCGAGCCGCGUCUUCUUCGCCUGGCGUCGCCGACGUAUAUCCUUGGUGAUAUCCAUGGCAACUAUCCCGACUUGGUCUCGUUUGAAAAGGCGCUGUGGCGGACAGGGCCUCUCCUGGCACCGUGCCAGUUUCUGUUUCUCGGUGACUACGUGGACCGAGGCGAUCAUGGCGUUGAGGUGGUGGCCUAUCUCUUUUCCCAGAAGCUGCUUGCACCGGACAAGAUGUUCUUGAUUCGUGGCAAUCACGAGAUUCGUGCCAUACAGGAGAUGCACACGUUCAAAACGGAGUGCUGUCAGAAGUUUGGUGAGCAUCUGGGGGAAGAGAUUUGGGAGAUGAUGAACAGUGUCUUUGACGUACUGCCGCUCGCUGCUGUUGUUGAUGAUCAGAUUUUCUGUGUUCACGGCGGUAUUCCAAUGCCUGUUCAUGGUAAUGGACUGUUAUCAGUCAUUGACAGCAUCCCUGUUGAACUGCAUGAACCAGAGGAGCAGAGUCAGCUAGCCUGGGAGCUCAUGUGGAGUGACCCUGUCAGAUCUACCGACCUGUCUGCAGAGGAAGAAUCAGAGCUAGCCAAGGGCGGUGGCUUUGCUCCUAACCAUCAGAGAAUGACAGCACACGUCUUCAGUGCGGAUGCGUUGGAAGAUUUCCUGCGUCGCAAUCAGCUCUCCUAUGUCAUACGGGCACACGAAGUCAAGCAAGCCGGUUUCCAGGUUCAACAGAAAGGACGCCUCCUGACGGUCUUCUCCUCCAGCCACUACUGCGGCGGCGUCAACGAGGCCGCUUGCAUUCUCGCCGACCGCCACAAGCUGCGCAUGAUCCGCCUCGACUCCAGCUAGUGGGCCAGUGAGUCAGCGCGAGGCCUUGAGCCGCUGGCAGCAUCCUUGCUAGCGCCUGACACUACCGGGAGCCGCACGACCCACCGGCCAGGUUGGUCAGUGGCACUUUCUGGGUAUGAACGCCGUUCGUUCGUUGCUCGCUUUUGCGUGUUCUCGUGCGUGCCGGGCAAGAUGUACCACGCGAUCAUCCGCCGUUGGGUGCAGUCUAUUGCUGGUACUGCUCCGUGUGGCUGUCGGUGUGUGUCGUUGUCAGGCAUACUCGUCACCCGUCAUUUCUGGUCUCAUCAUUGUGUCAUGAGGCAUAGUCGUGACCUCUUGUCGUGAUGUACCGUCAUGACUCAUCAUUGUGUUGUGAGUCAUAGCCGUGACUCAUCAUUGUGUCGUGAGGCACACACGCACGCACGCUCUCUUGCACCGUUGUUUUACGCAUCUCCUUGUGUCUCAGCCGUGACUAUUGCGUGCAACUAACUAUCUAACCCAUCCAAUUGACCGUUUCAGCGUGCCUGCACGUCAGGUACAGUCAAUAUGCCUGAACACUCGCGCACACAGCACUCGUGCACACAGCUCUUAUCUCCAUAUCCUACCACCAGUCUCAGACCUAGAGAAAUGAAUAUUUAUCCUCUCUUUUUUCUUCUUCUUUUUUUACGACUUCUGACUAGAUCUAUCCUCCCGGUAAAAAAACCCGUUGCGUAUAUCUACAAUGUCGUUUCAGUGAGUUGAUAGUUUGACUGGCGUUUAUAGCGAUCUUUUACGUGUUGUAUCCGCGCACCGAGUACCACAUCCUACAUUGUUCCAUUAGAAACUCAUUGCCACCAGGGCGGAGUCAUCCCUCCUUGACUUUGUUUCUAGAUAUCGAAGCAAUUUCGCCCCUGGCCGGUACCUGUCCUGGCGUGUGCAAGCUAAGCUCCGGCCGCACGCUGGCCAGCUUGCUGUGCCUGUGUGCGUGCUCGCAUGCUGCACACUGCCGUGCAUUGUAAUAACCCGCAGUGGGCUAGUGAUGACGCAGCGUGUCGCAACAAUCUCAUGGCUUGGACUAGCCCCGGCUCUGGAAACCGUACCGACACAAUGGCUGGGCGCUCCUAAUGUACCCGAUAUCCGGAACUUUUCUCUGAACUUCCUUCCAGCAAUCUCUGAAACUGCAGCCUGCUUUAGCUCUUUGCGUGCUGCUUGGUUUCGCUUCUUGUACUCUUUUCUUCUCUUUCAGUGUCCGACUUUCCUUCAGGCUGUUGUGAAGGUCUGCAGCUCUGUGCGUUUCGUUCCGCCUUUCUGCAUUGUGCGCUGUACACACUGCUGGUACUUUUCUCUUUCCUUCUCCUCCUUCUUCAGCUUCUCUGUUCUUUGCUGGUGUUUUUACCUCUUUUGAGAUUGUGUUUGAGUGAGUUGAUUGAAAUCA